ACGAAACGACAUGAUUUGAGAUUCAAACUUUUAACGGCUCUUUAAGAAAAUGCCUUGAAAUUUCAAAUUUUGAAAGCAGAAAUUUCAAAACGUAACGGAAGCCAUAGAAGGCAUUGAUGAUGGUCUUUGUUUUAGGGGCAUAUAUGUAAGCUGCAAAAGGCUUCAAAGAUCUCACAAAUCUUUUACUUGAAUUUUCAAAUCCUAAGGCACAUUCCCAGAGAAAAAGAUUCAAGCGCUUGAGCCUCUCUCCCUUCUUAGCAUCGACUUCUUCUUCGAGAUUUCUUGUUGGAGAGAUAAGAAUCCUGAGAAAGAUAAGUUGAUAGUUAUCACAGCCUUAUUUCUCACAGGAUCAUCCACUUUUUAAGGUGGGUCUUUGAUCGUCCCAAAGAUGAAUGAUCUUAUGACGAAGUCCUUUCUCAGUUACGUGGACCUCAAGAAACAGGCCAUGAAAGAUCUUGAAGCUGAGCCAGAUAUCGAGAUGGGAAAACUCGACCCUGCUGAUGAACAGAACCUCUCACAGUUUUUCGAAGAAGUGGCUGGAAUCAAGGCUGACAUGGAAGAGGUCACCAAUCUUCUUCUCAACCUUCAAGACCUGAAUGAAGAGACCAAGUCUGCUCACAGUGCUAAAGUUCUUCGAGGGCUAAGGGAUAGGAUUAACUCAGACAUGGUCUCCGUUCUUCGAAAAGCAAAAAAUAUCAAAGCAAGAUUGGAGUCGCUUGAUCGGUCUAAUAUUGUUAAUCGCAAGUUAUCUGAGGAAUACAAAGAAGGAAGUCCGGUAGAUCGAACGAGGAUUUCGGUGACAAAUGGUUUGAGACUUAAAUUGAGGGAUAUGAUGAAUGAUUUUCAGUCCUUGAGAGAACAUAUUGUUAAAGAUCACAAAGAGGGUCUAAAGAGGAGAUAUUAUGCUGCCACAGGAGAGGAACCAAGCGAGGAAGAUAUUCAGAAGAUGAUUUUGGGAGGUGGGCAGGUCAAUGUUUUUGAAGGGAGGGAAGAUUUGCUAAUAGAGAAUAAGGAGCGGCAUGAGGCGUUGAAGGAUAUACAGAGGAGCUUGACAGAGCUCCAUCAAGUCUUUCUAGACAUGGCUGUGUUAGUGGAAACACAAGGCGAAAAGAUCAAUGAUAUUGAGGAGAAUGUGGCUAGCGCUGGGGCUUACAUAAAUGGUGGAACCAAUGGACUCUUCCAUGCUAAGCAGAUGAAGAACAGGAGAGGAAAAUGGGCUUGUUGGAUAGGUGGUUUGGUGAUACUUCUGUUGUUGAUAUGCCUAAUUUCCAUCUUAGCCUCUUGAAGUUUCUGAGUUCGAUCAUAGCUGUGGUUUUGAUUGCUGCUAUAUAAUGUGGGGGAGGUUUGGUUUGUUGGACUGGAGCUUUUUUCAUGAAGGAGUUUCAUACUGGCUGUUGGAUUUCUAAUGUCAUUCGGGAGAGGGUAAUCUGUGAUGAUAUCUCUUCAUCUUCGACUGUUUUGGUUCUUUGUAAUUCAAAUUCUAUGAACAGAGUUUUUCUAUUGAGCUUUCUAAGAUUGUUACU